GGAGGGCGGCGCGGAGGGCGGCGCGGAGGGCGCGGGCCCCGGAGCCAGCAAGCGAACGGGGCGCCCGGCUGCGGGGAGUCGGCGCCGCGGGGCAGCACCCGACUCGCGCCCGGACACUCGCGGGGCGCCGAGCCCGCAGGAGGCUGAAACCACACCUCCUGCCAUCCUUCUGGCUGCCUCUUGGAGCCCACCCAGCCCAGCCUGACCAAUGUCCACAGCCAGGGAGCAGCCCAUCUUCAGCACAAGGGCGCACGUGUUCCAGAUUGACCCGGCCACCAAGCGGAACUGGAUCCCAGCGGGCAAGCACGCGCUCACUGUCUCCUACUUCUAUGAUGCCACCCGCAAUGUCUACCGAAUCAUCAGCAUUGGGGGUGCCAAGGCCAUCAUCAACAGCACUGUCACCCCCAACAUGACCUUUACCAAAACCUCCCAGAAGUUUGGACAGUGGGCAGACAGUCGUGCCAACACUGUCUAUGGCCUCGGCUUUGCUUCUGAGCAGCAUCUGACCCAGUUUGCUGAGAAGUUCCAGGAAGUAAAGGAAGCAGCGAGGCUGGCAAGGGAGAAAUCUCAGGAUGGCGGGGAGCUCACCAGUCCAGCCCUGGGACUCACUUCCCACCAGGUGCCCCCAAGUCCUCUCGUCAGCGCCAACGGCCCCGGCGACGAGAAACUGUUCCGUAGCCAGAGCGCGGACGUCCCCGGCCCCGCAGAGCGCGAGCGGCUCAAGAAGAUGCUGUCCGAGGGCUCCGUGGGCGAGGUGCAGUGGGAGGCCGAGUUCUUCGCGCUGCAGGACAGCAACAACAAGUUGGCGGGCGCCCUGCGAGAAGCCAACGCCGCCGCCGCCCAGUGGAGGCAGCAGCUGGAGGCCCAGCGUGCAGAGGCCGAAAGGCUGCGGCAGCGGGUAGCAGAGCUGGAGGCCCAGGCAGCCGCGGAGCCACCCUCAGUCAGUGAGAAGGAAGGGCCAGGCCAGUCACUGGAGCAGCUGGAGGCGCUAGUGGAAACCAAGGACCAGGAGAUCCAGACACUGAAGAGUCAGACCGGUGGGCCCCGCGACGCCCUGGACGCCACCGAGCGCGAGGAGACGCAGCAGAAAGUGCAGGACCUGGAGACCCGCAACGCCGAGCUGGAGCACCAGCUGCGGGCAACGGAGCGCAGCUUGGAGGAGGCGCGGGCCGAGCGGGAACGGGCACGGGCUGAGGUGGGCCGGGCCGCACAGCUGCUGGACGUCAGGCUGUUUGAGCUGAGCGAGCUGCGGGAGGGCCUAGCCCGUCUGGCAGAGGGCACGCCCUGAACCUGGCUGCAGGGUCUGCGUGGGAGCCGGGGCCUGCAGGAGCUGGUUUUAUACGCAGGAUUCCCGCCUGGGGCACGAGCUGGGCCGCAGGCGGCACAGUGGGCCGUUCACCCUGGCAGGGACUGGGGGCCUAACUCAGCCCGGGGAGGGCCUGGCCAUAAUGCCUCAGCUGGCCCUGGCCGCUCACAGCUCAGGGGCUGUUUUGGGGCUGUUUGUUGUGUAGAAUUUCUAGAAUCCCCAGGGCGCCUGCUGGUGCCCACAUUACAUUUCUAAGAGUG